AUGAUCGGGUCGAUCCAAGACCUAUAUAAACCCACCAACAGAAAAUAGGACUAGGGUUUUGCGCUAUCUAAAGGGUUUGAUUUUGAGGCCGUGUUCGCGCUCUUUCCAGUUCCUCCGUCAACCAUGGCUGUUGGAAAGAACAAGAGAAUUUCGAAGGGAAAGAAGGGAAGCAAGAAGAAGACGGCUGACCCUUUUGCAAAGAAGGACUGGUAUGAUAUCAAGACUCCCUCAGUGUUCAAUGUCAGGAAUGUGGGCAAGACCCUCGUUACUCGUACUCAGGGUACCAAGAUUGCUUCAGAAGGACUUAAACAUCGAGUUUUUGAGAUAUCACUGGCUGACCUUCAAGAUGACGAGGAGCAUGCCUACAGAAAGAUCAGGUUGAGAGCUGAAGAUGUUCAGGGGAAAAAUGUUCUCACCAAUUUCUGGGGAAUGGAUUUUACAACAGACAAGUUGAGAUCUUUGGUGAGAAAAUGGCAAACAUUAAUUGAAGCUUAUGUGGAUGUGAAGACUACAGACAAUUACACUUUGAGGUUGUUCUGUAUUGGAUUCACAAGGAGACGUCCAAACCAAAUCAAGAGAACCUGCUAUGCACAAUCCAGCCAGAUUAGACAGAUCCGUCGCAAGAUGAUAGAGAUCAUGGUAAACCAGGCAAGUUCAUGUGACUUGAAGGAAUUGGUCCAAAAAUUCAUCCCAGAGAUGAUUGGCAAAGAGAUUGAGAAGGCAACAAAAAGCAUUUUUCCUUUGCAAAAUGUUUUCAUUAGGAAAGUCAAGAUCUUGAAGGCCCCCAAGUUCGAUCUUGGGAAGUUGAUGGAGGUUCAUGGUGAUUAUUCAGAAGAUAUUGGCACAAAGAUUGAGAGACCGGCUGACGAACCAUUUGAGGAGGGACACACUGAAGUUGUCGGAGCUUAAAUAGAAGGAUUCUUUGGAUUUUCCUUUUUUAUUUCUCAUUUUAUCAAGGAAUUGUGUUUUUAUUUUUUGUGGACAGGAAUAGCUUAUCAUUUCUACUUUCUUUUAGUGGAGGGAAUCGGAGAGGUUUAGAUAGUUCAAUUUUGUGAGUAGGUAUACUACUAAUUCUUUUUAACAUACUCAUUGGUUUUUUUCUUUUUUUGUCGAAUUACAUACUCAUGGGUUAAUUAAAUUUUUUUUCCCCAAUUUUUCAAAUACACAGAUUUCUUGUAUUA